CCACCUGAUUGCAAAUGUUGGUGUAAACAGGACAGGGAAAUGGAGUUCAAUGCUAUACAAAAAGACAAAAUAACUAUAAUUGAUGAUAUCAAAACGCUUGGUCAAUCAAGUCACCAAACUGUGCGGUGUAAGGAGAUUUUAUAAAAUAUUUUCAUCAACUAGGGCAGGUGUGUUGAACUUAUCAAAAGAUAUGAAAACUUGUAUAAAAGGUUUAUGCCAAUCCAUGUUUCGUCAUUAACAUUGUCCAAGUAGACACUCAAGGUGUGUAUUUUAUAUUUGAGGACGACAACACCAGCUUGUUCAUCCAGGUCCCGUUGAGCAACAAGAGAACACACUAUCCUCUGCUGCUGAGGAAAAUGGCUUCCUUUUCAGUGGAGGAUUUUGUAGGUAAUGGAGUUUUGAAGGACUUGCUUCCAACGUUGUUGGAAGAAGGUUGGGAUGAUAUUCCGACUUUGAAGAUUAUGAAUUCAGAGGAUACAGAUGCAAUGAACAUGACACGGCAGCAAAAGGAUGCGUUGGAAAUCAGAUCAUACCUGCAUGAUCGUGCUCUGCUGCAAUAUGGGGAUAAGCUAGAGGCCUCUGGGAAAUGUUUGCCUGAGCUUCUUAGCCUAAGCACUGGGGAUCUCUCCUCUCAUUUUGGGAUGAAGAGAGGUCACAUAGCCCGUUUCAUGGACAGAACCGGUGCAUGUGAAGAUCCCUUGCUCAAAUCAUAUGCUCCUCUCACUGCAAGGAAAAUGAACAGCACAGUCUCAAGAAAUAAUAGCAAUUUCAAGAGUUAUUCAUCUGUCAGUUCAAAAAAGAUGCAAACCAUUAGUAGUAUGAAUUAUGAUAAAUCACUUGAACAAUCACUCGCUGAUUUUAAGAUUAAAGAUGGAUACAUCUUCAAAGGGAUUGUAGCUGCAGGGCCAGCUGAGCUCAGAGCAUGUGGUUGUGUACAACCUCCUCCAGUAGUUGACAGUGUUGCCCCUUAUUCUUCUAUUGAAAACAUCUCAGUUCAGAAACUAACACCAGAGUAUAAGAUUGGGAUGGAGCAUUUGGUGAAAACCAAGACACCUCCAAUGAAGGCUGUAGAAUUAUGGCGAGAUAAACCAGCUGUAAUCCUUUGCAUCAGGCGACCUGGGUGCAUCAUGUGCAGGGCUGAAGCUCACCAGCUUUAUGCCAAAAAACCCAUAUUUGAUGCACUGGGAAUUCGAUUAUUUGCAGUUCUCCAUGAACAUAUAGAGUCAGAGGUAAAAGACUUCUGGCCUCGAUAUUGGGGUGGUGUUGUGCUCUUCGAUAGGAGUAUGGAGUUCUUCAAAGCUCUUGGUGGUGGGCAGCUGCUUAGGGACAAAUUUAUAUCAGGAUUUAUUUUCAACCCCCGAGCUAUUGCAAAUUACAAGCGUGCAAAAGCUAUGGGAAUUGAUCAAAACUUCAAAGGAGAAGGUGAAAUAAAGGGUGGCCUCUUUAUAGUUGGAAGGGAUAAGAGUGGCAUAGCUUAUCAGUUUAUUGAAAGGAACUUUGGUGAUUGGGCUCCUGUAGCUGAAGUAAUUGACAUAUGUAGCAAGUUGCGGGUUUCUUAGCUUCUCUAAUCCCAUACUGAGGUUGCAAUCUAUCAUGCCUUUUUUUCUUUUUUCACUUUAACCAGCUUCUCUUCAACCUGAUGCAGAACCAGCAACAAAGUCAAGAGGAGUCCAUCAAAACAUCACAGCAAGAUGAAUGAAGUCUGUCCUCAUCAUCCAUGUGUUCUUCAGAUUUACCUUUUGUAUAUUUAUAUUCCUUCAGAUUCCAAAAUGGGAAAUACUCCUAUUUCUUUAUUAUUUCAUUUCUGAAAGGUAACUUGUUGUCAGCAUGCGAGCCCAGGGAGACUCCAUGAUGCAGCAGUGAUAUACCACCCUAAUAAUUUACUGAUUCUUUUUCACAGA